AGUUGAUUCAUAACUGUGCUUUGUUAAAGUUCACUAUCUGAAGUUCCUGUGUCCAUUUGUGGUCAAGCUACAGAACCAAGACACCAGUGUACAUGGACCAGAUUUUCCACAUAUACCAAGUCGUGUUGUGCUCACGUUAGCUGUCAUGGUCAUUCUACAAGACCUGCAAGUGCAGAACAGCUUCCACCAGGCCGGUCAACUGGAUGACCUAGAGCUACCCACGUACUCGCCAACACAGGAACACUUCGUGCAAAUAGCCAACAGGAACGCUCAGCGCGCAACUGGAAUAAACGGAACCGCGCCGCUGGCGUCAGCUAUGGAAGACCGUUAUUCCAUUAAUGAUAUUAUCAACAGCAAAAAUGAGGAAAUCACCAGCCGGAAUUGUGAAAGCGGCAGGUCAAAGUUCAAACUGGGAUCAAGCAAAUCCUGGUUUAACAAAUCGUUUGAUCAAACUAUUCUUAACCCACCUACGGAGGCCGUCCAGCACAAGACUAUUCGAAGACAGAAUUCGGUGACCGAUUUUUUCCAGAACAUGAUCAGCAAAAGUAGAUCCCACAUUCAGGACAUGUUCAGCUUAAAACGAGAGAAAACCAAACGGAAAACGGCCGCGGGCGGGACGCAGCGUCGGAAUCCGACACCGGAAAUCGGAGCCGAAGGCGGCGCCGGGGACAUCUCCUCCGAGUUCGCCGUCCACUGUGACGUCAUGCAAAUCUCGCUCCACAACUCCUGCCCCAGUUUUUGCAGCGACGCGGUGGAGGAUUUUCCCGCGAGAUCUCGCGUCAGCUUGAACCCUGACCCGAGUUGGAGAAGGAACGACAAACGAGCGCCAUCGCCGUCCAGUAUUACCUCCCCCGAUGACCUUUUCUUCAUCCACGACCAUGAGAACGUCAAAGUCACGAACGAAGACACAAAAAUCCAACACAUCCCUAUCGUUAUGAACUCUGGACUUUUCUCCACGGGGAAUCCCCCAAUUAGAAAAUCCCCCACGCAAUUCCGUAGAAAAUCCCUGCACUCGCCGCUAAUCCCCCCGAUACCCUACCGCGCUCCCACAAUCAUCACCACCGCAUCCAACGACUCCUCCGAGAGCGCAGACGACAACGACGUGGUGCACGCCCUCCUGGGCAGCCGCUCCUCAUUCCUCACGGCGGAAAUGACGCAUAAAAACAAACGCGCGCUGGUCAAGAGCAACUCAGACACGUUCACCAAAACGAAUCCUUCACCGCAGCUUCUCGCUAAAGCCUCGUCGGACGGGAACUGCUCUACGAAAUCUCUCUCUUCGUCUUUAGCCUCUAGUCUUACGUCAAACAGCAACGUCAUGAUUGCCGUCACUGACUAUCUAUUUUUAGGCAGCAUUGAAGCCGCUUAUAACGAACCCCUCCUCUGCAAGUACGGGAUUUCCUCUUUGAUAGACAUGACAAACACGAACCCGUCCUCUGUCCCGCCACAUAAAAAAUCCGACUGCCCAUGCGCAUGCGUCAACAAAACUCACUUCCGUUCUAAACUCAACAUCGGCGUCGACGAUAUCGAAUGGGAGAAUUUGGAACAAUACUUCGGGGAGAUCAACGCUUUUAUAAACGGCGCCCGAAAAAUGGGGCGUCAUGUGCUCGUCUUCUCCUACAUGGGGAAAUCUCGCGCCCCGGCAGCCGUCAUCCAACAUUUGAUGCAGACGUUCCACAUGCCGUACAGGGACGCUUUGAAUGUCGUCAGGGCGAACAGGCCGCAGGUGAAGCUGAACUCAGGGUUUGUGAAGACGUUGAGGCGUCUGGAGAAAGGGCUGGGGCUGCAGGGUCAGGAGACGGACUUGAACGGGAAACAGCUGAGGGAGGAGUCGCCCCGGGUGUCGUGCGGUUCUAUCGAAGGGAUCGAGACCCUCAACGUGCCUCCGGUUGUUAGAGGGGCGUGGUUAGAGUGCUGA